AUGAUGACAGUGCUUAGUGACCCCCCAAAGAUUCCUACACUUGACUGGGCGGAUUUCACGGAAGGGGACAUUGACAAGCGGAUCACACUUGCUCAGGGCUUAGUAGAAGGUCUCAAGAGGUUCGGAUUCGUCAAGCUGGUCAAUCAUGGUCUCUCCGAUGAGUUGAUCCAGCAACUAUUCGAUGAAGUCAAGCGCUUUUAUCGGUUGCCGGAUGAGUUGAAACAGAAAGCUGCCCAUCCGCCAGGGCCUAAUCCUCAACGAGGAUGGAGUGGAAUAGGUGUGGAGUCAACGUCAAAGCUAUACGGAGAGCAAACCGAAAGACCAUCUGGCAAGCUUAAAGAUGCAAAAGUCGGUACCGAUUUCUCGUCUUCUAAGAUCAGCCGGGAACUAACGCGUAUAAAGGAACAUUACGAUAUCGGACCGCCAGCCGACACCCAGUUUCCAACGAGGUGGCCUGAUGAGCAAGACAUCCCCGGAUGGCGUGCUUUCAUGGAGUCAUACUAUGCCAGAGGGCAAAGCUUCUGCCUUGACCUCAUGGAAGCGUUGGAAAUUGGCCUCGAGCUACCGAAAGACACUCUCCGUAGCAUGUGCGUUCCCGACGGGAGUGAGCUCCGACUGCUCCACUAUCCUGAGAUACCUGCUGCAGAACUAAGAACGGGCGAUACCGCUCGGAUUUGGCCACAUACUGACUUCGGACUGAUUACUUUAUUAUUCCAAGACGGUGUUGGGGGCUUGGAGGUCGAAGACCCUCUUCGACAAGGUCAUUAUAUCGAGGUCGCUAGAGAACAGCCCAAUGAGAUGAUUGUCAAUGUGAGCGCGACCUUCGAAAGAUGGAUGAAUGGAGUAAUCAAGGCGGCCGUGCACCGGGUGAAUAUUACGCCUGAGGGAAAGGACGUUGAGGAUGCAGUUGUACCAGAACGAUGGUCAGCUGCAUACUUCUUCAAAGCCCAUAAGAUGGCACAUGCCGGUCCGUUACCGGCGUUUGUUACGCCGGAGAGACCCGCGUUAUAUGACAAUAUCACUGCAUUGCAAUUUCAACAGCGAAGGACUGGUCUGGUUUAUUCGGGACAGCAGUUGAAGGCUGAGGGAGCAGCCUAA